GUUUUCAUUUUACGAAAAGUUGCAUACAAAUGUCUAAGUUAUAACAGGAGAAAGUAUUGUAACAUUAAAUAAAAUAUACUUUCGCGGCCUAGUAACGUAACCAACUGUCACGAGGCCUGUGUGACUCUCGUUAUCCAAUCCGCGUAAGCGCUGAAGCUGAUUGGCUCAUUUCUUGUCCAAUGUCAUUUUAAGAAGUUACAUGUUGGAGGCGACUUAAUUUCGCAGUAUAGUGCAUUACAUAGAGAAUAAUUCAGGACACCCUGAUAAACAUGCUGCAGUGCUUCAAGUUUCACCAGAGUCACAUUCACAGUCUGAAGAGUCAUCCUCACCGUCUGUCCGAAAACCAUGAGAGAAAAUCAGAAUCAGAGUCGGAGAGUGAAGACUCUCCAUUAUCUUGCACACCUCCACAGUUCCUAAAAGCCAAGAACAUGUAUACCUACAGUCGCAUAAACAAGUAUACAGUACGAUUAAGUGACAAAAAGAGGGAUCCUCAGAGCCAGAACUCUGAGAGAUUUAUCAUAAACGCUGUGGAGGAGCAAGAACACCUGAGUGAUGGACAAAGCAAUUCUUCAGAAGCCCAAACUGCGGAGGACAAAGACCUGUGGCCUGCUGAUGAUAGCGAGCCAUCACAAAGCUCUCUAGAUUCCAACUCCACAACGUCCUCCUUCAAUACAGGGAGCACUGAAGCUGAAUCUACCUGUAGUUUCUGUGACAACCAGACAGGAAGUGAAGAUGGAAGCCCAGGGAGAGAUAUGUUGGAUACACCUCCAUCCGGAUCAGGAAUUCUUCUGAAAGACCCCAUGCUUGGAGCUUUUCCGGCUGCAUGGAAAAAGCGUUUCCCUUUCAGCCCUACGCUGCCAAAAACACCAGUACUACCUUUGCGUCCACCCCUUCGGGAAGCACACAGCCGGACUCUCAACCCAUCUCUGCUUAUAUCCCCUUCUCAAGGCCUGAUCUGUUCUCUCCAUCCAGAUGGACGGGAGGCGCUACACACAUUAUUUGAGGACGUGUGGGUCACCCCAGAAUCUACCGUCUUAAAAAGUCCCAGCUUGCCAGGCAGCUUUGCAAAUGACUCUGUAGAGACUUCAGUCAUGAGGGCUGGAAAUGGCAGCAAUCUGUCCUUCAAGAGUGAGGAAGAGAACAAAAGCUCAGAAGAUGAGACCCCAGAACAACUCAUUCCCCUGAAGAGAGCAAGAAAAGGCUUAUCACACAGGCACACUUCAAGAAGAGGACGUGUUACAACACAGCCAAACCUCAAGAAGAAAUGUGUGAACGGCUUCAUUAUGUUCUGCCGAAUGAACAGAAAAUUAUAUAUAAGUUCCUAUCCCGGCAUCCCCUCUACUACAGUCACUAAAGAGUUAGCCAGUCUAUGGCACAUUUUGCCCAAGAAGGAGAGACGUUUGUACUGCUUGAAAGCCUGGAGCUUCAGUCGCCAGCAGAACCGCAAUGUACGCGCUCAAAAACACGAGGCAGAAAUGAAGGCAGAACACUCUGUGCCCAGACCCCUGCACAUGUUACUGGCCUAUAGAGACGAGUGUGCAGCUGUCAAAUGAAGGUCUUCUCUACUGCACUGAGAAUAUAUGCUUGAAAGGUCUACGAAAAACAAGCCAAACAGACCUGCAUUGUAUAGUUCGAUACAGUUUUAUUAAGGUUAAUCACUGUUGUGAUUUUACACAAUUGCAUCUCAGGGAUUUUAAACGAACUCAUUUAUUGUGUGUUAAGUAUAUUUUUUAAUUGUUCUGCAGUUUUUAAUCAUCACAGAGCAUAUUUAUAUCUACAUUGUUUUCAGCAUUUUUCAUUGUGACUUAACAUUGUUAGAUUAAACAUUCAGAUUUUAUUACUUAUUUAUAAUAUAUGGCAAAUGUUAAGUGUCUGUCUUUGUAUAUAUAUUUAUAUAUUUAUUAUAAUGUUUUAUAUUAAGCUGGUUUAUAGCUGUUUUUUAUAGCCUUAAGCCCUUAACCUAAUUAUUCAGAUAGAUAAAGGGGCUGUGAUACGUUUCCCGUGAGAGUUACCAACCUUAUGAAAGUUGUUCUGGUUUGUACUGUGCUGUUAAUAAACCUUGACUGAGUUCAGUUUGUUUUGUGUUUUCAAACUCGUGUGAGACCUGUGCCAACAGAAGAGUUCAGAAAAGCAGAUUUUGACUUCCCACAUCAGCGCAGAAAAUGCAAACAUGAAAGAAUAUCUGGCGAUAUCCAGAUUUGUAGUCUUUUUGCUUGCAACCCUGCAUUACUCCAUCCCUCCAGGUGUCUUAUUUAAAAUUUUGCUGAUUUUGUGUAGUUGUGCAACUGCACAGAGGGACUCUUCUCUCAGAUGCUGGUUGCUAAUGCGUAGCUUCAACACCUCUGCCAGAAGAUCC